CGAAUAGACAUACCCGAGGCACGGCAGUCUCUUCUUCUCUCGCUCGUCACUCGUCACAUGACCCGCACUACUGUACGGUAGGCCAUAUUUGACAGUGGCACUAGUUUAGCGAAGUGAGCGUGAGUGAAGAUCGCUCCUGUUCCGGACCGUCGUCGUAUUUCGACAACCUGUAAAUACUCGUGUACAAUUCGUUCGACGGCGUGAGAUCUCGAAUAAACACGUAACAAUGAGCGAACUAUCAGAAGAAAAGCCUGUUUACGCGCCCUUCUUCGGUGUGAUGGGCGCCGCCUCGGCCAUCAUAUUUUCUGCUCUGGGCGCAGCAUAUGGCACGGCAAAAUCAGGCACAGGAAUUGCAGCCAUGUCUGUGAUGAGGCCAGAACUUAUCAUGAAAUCCAUCAUUCCUGUUGUUAUGGCGGGUAUCAUUGCCAUUUAUGGUCUUGUAGUAGCAGUCCUCAUCGCUGGUGAUUUAGACGAACCUGCUAAAUAUAGUCUUUUCAAGGGUUUUGUUCAUCUGGGUGCAGGCUUAGCCGUAGGUUUUUCUGGUCUAGCUGCUGGAUUUGCCAUUGGUAUUGUUGGUGAUGCAGGUGUAAGAGGUACCGCUCAGCAACCUCGCCUGUUUGUCGGUAUGAUCUUGAUUCUAAUCUUCGCGGAAGUAUUGGGUCUCUACGGUCUCAUCGUUGCCAUCUACUUGUACGCCAAGUAAACACGAAUGUUAGUGGCAGGAAUGACG